GCUACCUGUUGUUUUUGCAAAGUAAUUUUAUGUAUGCUUGUUCAUCUGUGUUUGAUGAAAUUAUAAUUCGGGACUGGUUGGUUUGUAUUUUGAUUUACUAAAAAUGAGUGUAGAUAGGGAAUGAUUAAAUCCCCAAUCUAUAGUGUCAGAAUCUUAUUUGACCCAUAAUUUAAUUUUCGCUUCGUACAAAUGAAGAUAUAAACAUUCAACUUUUAAAUCCGGGAGUCAUGUAAUCUAUUUAAACAGUGCUAUUGGGAUUACAGUUAUGAGAUUUGCAAAGAGUUGAGGAACUUGAUGCGAUUCCUAUGUGGCUUUUGUGGAUAUUUUAGUUUCUUUGUUUGUGCUCCGUAAUACGGGAAAUAAACUAGUUAUUGGGCAUACAUAGAAGAAAAUGUGAGGUAAAUCCAAAAUAUACCGAGUAGUAAUCAUCACUGGUGAUUUACAAAUCAUAUAAUCAGAAGAUGAUUAUACUCACUAUAGUUUGAAUUAAACUCAUUUUCUUUCUCUAUGUAUGCCGCAAUGCCAAUAUCUGAACCCACCCCCACCCCCACCCCCACCCCCACCAUUAAAGAGUAUAAUCAAAGAAACUAAGAUAUUCACAAGAACUACAUAGGAAUCACAUCAACUUUCUUAAAUCCUUGCAAAUCUUAGGACUCUAAUCCCAUCAGCACAAUUUAAAUACAUUACAUGACUCCCAUAAUUAAAAUUUAAAUGUUCAUAUCUUCAUUGUACUAAACGACAAUUAAAUUUUAGGCCAAAUAAGACUCCGAACCACAGAUUGAGGAUUUAUUCAUUUUCUAUUUAAAGUAAUUUUCGAUAAAUCAAAAGACAAAUCAACUAGUCACAAAUUAAAAUUUCAUUAAACACAGAUGAACAAGCGAAGAUAAAAUGACUUCGAAAAAGAAAAGGUAAUACAUACUAAACCAUAACGAAAUCGACAAGAACAAUUUAUCACCACUUAAUGAGAACAACUUAGUAUACAUGAAAAUUGGAAGAUUUACAUACCAACAAUCCUCUUCACGAAUUCGGCAAACCAAAUAACAUAAUUCAGAGGGAAUUUGCCACAAUCGGUUUCACUUCUUUCCACUCUCUUAAAGUAAAGUUAUUAAAAACUUAAAAUCAAAAGGAUAUAAAAAGAAAGUGGUUUGAAGAAUAGAGAUUAAUUUUCCUUACCACCGUAUAAUAACUCUAAAGUUUGCGACUUUAAAGUUUGUUGGAACACAAAAGUAUAUAAAGAGUGAGAUGGAUGGAUUUGGGGUAACAUCAACGUGUUGACGGAGGUUAAAGAAAAUAGAAUAGUAAAAGUAGGAGUAUGUUUGUGAAUACUGGGGGUGGGCUUCAUAUAUACAAAUUUAUCCUUAGGAAAUUGUAAUUGAGUAUAAAAUAAAUGUUAUUUUAAAGUUGUAGCUCAUAUAUAAAGCAUGGGCUAAUCAAUUUUACACACAUUUAAGAACUUUGAGUAUCACUAUUUGAUAUGUAUUUGCAUUCACAAAAAGAUGAGUUAGUGGAUGAUGACUAAGCAGUUAUAAGUACAUGUUCAGGUAAAUGCUUAGUCAUCAUCCACUAACUCAUUUUUUUGUGAAUGCAAAUGCAUAUCAAAUAGUCAUACUCAAAUUUCUUAAAUGUGCGUAAAAUUGAUUACCUCAUGUUUUAUGGGAUGGAGUGAGUAUAUUUUAAUUACUUUAUUUUACUUCAUAUAUGAGCUACAACUUUGAAAUAAAAUUUAUUUUAUGCCCAAUUACAAUUUCCUUAGGAUAAAUUUGUAUAUAUGAAGCCGACCCCCAGUAUUCACAAACAUACUCCUUAUACUAUUCUAUUUCUUUUAACCUCCAUCAACACGUUGACGUCAUCCCAGACCCAUCCAUCUCACUCUUUAUAUACUUUUGUGUUCCAACAAACUUUAAAGUCGCAAACUUUAGAGUUAUUGUACGGUGGCAAGGAAAAUCAAUCUCCAUUCCUCAAACCACAAAAGAAUGGAAAGAAGUGAAGCUAAUUGUGGCAAAUUCCCUUUAAAUUACGUUAUAUGGUUUGCCGAAUUCGUGAAGAGGAUUGCUGGACAUUUUCCUCUCGUGGAAGACUCAACCAGAGUCGAAGUAUACUGCGGGAUCUCAAUGAGAACCUUCAGAUACUUAUGCUCUCUUGUGAUGGAGCCUAUGUCAAAUUCACAAAUAUUUAAAUUUAACGAUAACAGGGAAUUAACUGUGGUUGAUAAAGUAGCCAUAGCUAUGAGAAGCCUAAAAUUGGGCAAGUUGCUGAAUUCAAUUGGUGGUGAAAUUGGGACGCACUCAUUUACCGCUGCUAAGGUCACAUGGUCCUUUGUGGAGGUCUUGGCAGAAAAUGGCCAUCGCCACCUCCGUGGGCCUGCUUCUGCCCCUGAAGAGGGAAUGAGUGCUGAGACAUUUAAUAGGCUAAAGAAAGAAUGGAAGGUUCUUACAACUGUAAUGAAACCUGAAACGCUUCGAUGUAUGACCAAGGCCUGCUGCAUCUUGCAUAACAUUGUCAUCAACAUGAAUGAUGAGAGGCAACGUGAGCUAUCUCUGUCGGAAGGUCAUCAUCCAGGCUUUUUGCAUCACAGAUUUUAAAGAUUAGUUUUGUAAUUGUUAGAAAGCUUUGAAAUGACUCUUCCAAAUAUUUCUUUGGUUUCCUCUUUUUUUACGUGGUUGUGUAAUUAUUUGUUUUUGUGGUCACUAAUAUUUAGUUGAUGAGUUUGUUUAGUAUCUUUAUUAUA